GACUAAAUGAGUGAACAAAAUGAUGCUACGAAGACGAAGAAAACUGCCCGCAUGUUCGAUGUUAACGAAAUGUUUUCCAUUGCCAGACAAACUGCUGUGGAAAUCUGCGGUGAUGCAAACACAAAGUUAGAGCUGAUCGCUAAAACAGAGCCAUCAGAUACUCAAAAUAGAGAGUCAGAUUCUCAUGAAAAGGAAAGUCGCGAUUCGGAUUCCGAAAGCAGUUCGGAUGAAUCUGACAGUGAUGAUGACGUAAUAGGCCCAAAAACCGGAUACGGAAACUCAAAUGAUAUCAAUCAUUCAGAUGAUGAGAAUCAGGAUGAUGAGGAUGAUGAUGAUGAGCCUGAAGCUGAACCUAGUUUGAAAAGUCGCUUACCAAUUGCAAAUCGUGUCUCAUUAAACCACGGAACCAAAACAGUAUCAGCUUUAGCUUUGGACCCCGCUGGCGCAAGACUCGUAACUGGAGGUUUCGAUUAUGAAAUUAAAAUGUACGAUUUCAAUGGCAUGGACAGCAAUAAGAGAGCGUUUAGGUCAUUGACCCCUUUUGAAUGCCAUCAAAUUCGUUCAUGCGCGUUUUCAUGUAGUGGUGAUCAAAUUCUAAUCUGUUCAGGCAGUGCACAGGCUAAAAUUUUUGACAGAGACGGUCACGAGAUGUUUGAAUGUUGCAAAGGAGAUCAAUAUUUAGCGGACAUGGCGAGGACAAAAGGUCACACAAGCAUGUUGAAUUGUGGGGUUUGGAACCCGAAAGUGAAAAAUGAGUUUCUUUCUUGUUCUUAUGAUGGAACUUUGAGAACGUGGAUCUCGGAUAAAAAUGCAGGUCGACACGAGCACAAAGCUCUCAUGAAGUGCCGCAGUUCAAAUGGGCUGAGAACUAACCCUGGAUCCUGUUGCUACCACAGAGACGGAAAACUAGUGGUUGCCGGAUGUAGCGACGGAUCCAUCCAGAUUUGGGACACCUCGAGAGUAACUCUCGUAAACACCGCUUUCAAAAACAUGAAAGCGCACACGAGUGGAUUUGAAAUGAGUUCGGUCAAGUUUUCAGGCGACGGAACAGUGCUCGCUAGUCGAAGUAUGGACGGGUCCAUGAAAUUGUGGGACAUCAGAAAGUUUUCACAGACACUUCACGCUUUCGAUAACUUACCAAACUAUUACGCAAUGACAGGAAUCAUUUUUUCACCUGACGAUAAAAUUGUGGCGACGGGAACUUCAGUAAAAAAUGAACAUGGGAAAGGAAAAAUCAGUUUUUUCUCAAAAUCUACUUUUGAAAGUGUAGAGGAAGUUUCUUGUGGAAAUAACAGUGUUGUAAGUUUACUUUGGCACCCAAAAUUGAACCAAGUUUUUGCUGGAACGUCAAAUGGCGAAUGUCGCGUGUAUUUUGACGCCGAAUCCUCAAGAAAUGGUGCUCUGCUUUUUGCUGGAAAAAUACGCAAAAUCAAACAAGUAACUGGAAUGAUUUCACAAGAGGCAAUUACACCGUAUGCCUUGCCUAUGUACAAAGAAGGGCGGAAGAAAAUGCCACAUGUGCAAGCGGUGAUUAAUAGAAAAAACGACAAAUCAAGGCCGGAUCCCCCGCUAGAAACUUCAAAAGGAGGAAGAACAGCUAAUGCUGGAUUGUCUUUGGGUAAAUUUGUUUCCAAGAAAAUUGCACUGCAGAUGCAAGUACCUGAUGAUAGUGAUCCAAGAGGAGCGAUAUUAAGACACGCAAAAGAAGCAGAGACGAAUCCUUUGUUGAUUUCGACUGCUUACAAAGACAGUCAGCCAGAUCCUCUUUUUGAUUUGUCAGUCGAAGGGGAAGAUGACGAUGAUGAAGAUUCGGCAUACAGAACUCCAGGCAGUGGGGUUCCGAAAAAACCAAAACUGGAUCCAUAUAACCCAGUUUGAUUGAAGAGAGUUAGCAUUUGAAGUAAAAAGAGAUGAAGCUUUGUCGUGUUUCGAGAGAAGAAACUUCAAGCCCUGAAUGGUGGAAAUCAAUUUCGGUGGCCGUGUUAAAAAGUUUGCCCUAGCACUAAAUAAAUGAAACUUCAAACUUGUUAAUGAAAAGUGAACACUUGUUCUAUAUGUAGUUUUGAAUUCAAAUUAA